AUUUCACUGAUUUCCAGAUUUGUUCCGGUUCGAGUCUGCGCAGUGGGAAUGGAUUAGAAUAGGAAUCACCUGUAGAAAAAAAGGCAUUUACUGAUUUUUAACCCCAUCACUUUGAACGUUUCUCGCCGGUUUCCUGAUAGAGAAAACCCAACAUGGCAGGUUCGGAGAACCAGAAAUUCUGUCUGCAGGAGGUCCUGGACAGUUUUCAGUUGUGCCUGUCGCCAAACAAAGAGGUUUACGUUGAACACUACGUCGCUGGAUGGAGAAAUCUUGUAAAGUUUCUGAACAGCUUGGGGAGCGUUUUUGGUUUCAUUUCUAAAGACGCUGUCAGCAAGAUCCAGAUCCUGGUGAACUUCCUGAACAGUGAGAACAGCUGUCAGUAUGCCACCGUGCAGUCCAUGGUCAAGUUUGAGCUGGACAACAAACUGGUGGACGUGGACAAGAAGGGCAUCUGUCCUGAGUCUGGGUGCCGCACUCUGCUGAGGCUCCACCGUGCAUUGAGGUGGCUUGAGCUCUUCCUGGAACGCCUGCGAACCAGCAAGGAGGACGACAAGACUUCAGUCAUGUGCAGGGAGGCGUACAACGAGUCCCUGGCCCAACACCACCCAUGGAUGGUCCGUACGGCGGCUGGCAUGGCUUUCUUUGCCCUCCCUGGACGUCCAACUUUCUUUGAAGUGAUGAACGUUGGCCCUCCAGAGCAGGUCGUGGCCAUCCUGGGGAAGGCUGUGCCUCUCAUUUCUGAGGUGUACCUAAUCAUAGAGGAACUUUACCUAAAGCACAACCUACUUGAUUUACCAUAGAGAUGAACAAGUGUUAUACCUGUCUGGAUGGACCCUGCUGGAGUGCUGUGGAGACUUCUGCUGCUGUAUGAUGAUUCCAGCAUGUGUGCUAUAUCUAAGAGUAAUUUAUCACAUUGACUGUAACCCUGUUCAUUCCAAUUUUAGGUAUAAUAUGGCAUGUUUCUCUUUGAUUCGUCAUGUAACUCAAAUUCAUAUUUUUACGGUUCCUUAAGUGCUCUUUGUUGAAUUAAAAAGCUAUAUUUGAUCAUUAUGGGCACAUUAUUUAUGAAAGGGAAACCAUAUAAUUAGUUUAGAAAAUAAUACAUUUUCUUAUUGUAACCUUAAUAUCAGCAUAUAGCUUGUACACAAUGUCAUGUCAGUUGUGUUUGUUCUAUUUAAAUAUACAACAGUUUGAUGCUACCAUAUAUAUGUGAAAAACAUUGUCACUAGAUAAAUUGCUGUAUAUUCUGGCCUAUAUUGUCUUAUUGUGAAAACAGAACCAAAAAAUCCACCUUUUCUAAAUCAAUUUGUGGAAAACAAGUGUAAAUAGUUUAAAGGUUUAUCUGGUAAAUAAAAUGCAAAAUACAAGUGACAUUAUUGUUGAAUAAAGUGGUAUAGUCGCA